AUGGCAGGUGGUCCCAAGAAGCCCCUCAACGUUUUUCGCAUGAAAAACUUGGGGGAUCCUAAAGAGGUGUACAACUGGCGGCUAUGGUUUGCCGUCGUCUCCUUCGGUCUCAUGGGCGCCGCUCGCGGUGUGGAUGAGGGAUUGAUUUCGGGUGCUUUCAACUCCAAGGAUUUCCAGCGGACCAUCCACUUCGAUUCAUACAGCAAGGUUGACCAGACCAACAUCAAGGCCAACGUGUCGGCUAUGGUCCAGAUUGGCUCUGUUGGCGGUGCUCUUUUUGCUUUCUUGGUCUGCGAUCGGAUCGGCCGUAUCUGGGCUACUCGUCAGCUCUGCGUUUUGUGGAUUCUGGGCAUGGCUAUCUUCAUGGGAGCCAACGGCAACCUGGGCAUGAUCUAUGCUGGUCGCUUUGUUGCCGGCCUUGGAGUUGGACAAACGGUCGUCGUUGGACCUGUGUAUCUUGCUGAGAUCGCACCGGCUUCUAUCCGAGGUCUUUGCACCUGUAUCUUCACGGGUUUCGUCUACCUGGGUAUAGUCCUUGCCUACUUCACCAACUAUGGCUGUCAGAUCAAUCUGGGAGACAACACGCACAAUCGAUGGUUGGUACCCACCAGUCUACACAUCAUCUUCGCCGGCCUUAUCUUCUGCCUGUCUUUCCUCCAGUACGAGUCUCCUCGCUUCUUGGUGAAGAAGAACAACUAUGAAAAGGCGCUGGAGAACUUGGCGCGCAUCCGUCAUCUUCCUCCCGACCACGAAUACGUGGUGGAAGAGAUCACCGCCAUCCGUAACUCCCACGAGAUCGAGAUGGAGGCCACUCGCGGAGCCGGUCCCAUGGGCGUCAUCAAGGAGGCGUUCUUGGAGCCCAAGAACCUCUUCCGCCUGUACAUCGCGUGCGGAGCUCAGCUCCUGUCGCAGUGGUCCGGCGCCGGGUCCAUCACCCUGUAUGCGCCCGAUCUCUUCAAGAUCCUGGGCAUUGAGGGCGAGAACGAGUCGCUGCUGGUGACCGGUGUCUUUGGUAUUGUCAAGCUGGUGUCGGCUGUCGUGUGCGCCUUGUUCCUGGUCGACGUGAUCGGUCGCAAGCGCGCUCUGCUGCUGGGAAUCACGCUGCAAGCCAUCGCGAUGAUCUACAUUGCCGGCUUCCUCACCAGCUCACCGGAGAUGGGCGUUGACAAGAGCUUCGUGCUUCCCGAGAAGGACAAGCCCGCCAGUCGCGGCGCCAUCGCCAUGAUGUACAUCUCGGGUGUGGGAUGGGCGCUGGGCUGGAACUCGAUGCAGUAUCUGCUGACGGCCGAGCUGUUCCCGCUGCGGAUCCGCGCCCUGGCCACCUCGCUGGCCAUGACGCUGCACUUUGUCAACCAGUACGGCAACUCGCGCGCGGUGCCCAACAUGCUGCUGGGCCAAGACGCCGGCGGCCUUAGCCCGUACGGCACCUUCUGGUUCUUCGCAGCCGUGACGAUCUUCGGCGGUCUCUGGGUUUACGUGACGGUGCCCGAGACGGCGGGACGCAGCCUAGAGAGCAUGGACCGGCUGUUCGAGCUGCCGUGGUACAAGAUCGGACUUUACGGCAACCGCGACGCCGCCCAGCGCGACCUCAUCGUGUUGGACAAGGCGGAGAUGGCUGGUGGAACGCGCGACGAGCACGUCGAGCGCACCGAGCGCAUCGAUCACUCGCGCGUGUAG